CUUUUCUUACAAUUAUAUGUUCGAUGAUAAAAAAAAUAAUAAUGAAAAUGACAUACUAGACUGUGAAAAUAAUAGGAGUACAACAUAUACAAAUAAUAACAAUAAUAUUAAUGAUGAUAAAAACGAUCAUGGUGAUGAUAAGAAUGUUCCUAGUGGUGACAAUAAUUCCAAUAUGAAUCGUAAUAAUUUAAAAAAAAAAAAUAGCAUUAAUAAUAAUAGUAGUAAUAAUAUGUAUCAUUUUGAUAAUAAAAUAUAUAAAUUCGAUAGUAUAAAGAAAAAAAAUAUAUGUCCUAUUAAGAACUCUGAUUCAUAUUCUUAUAAUGAUAAAAAUAAUAAUGGUGUAAAGGAUGAACAUGCCUUUUAUGGUAAUAUUUCAAAUAAAGAAAAAAUGAAUAAUAAAAUUAAGAAUCAUAAAAAUAAUAAUAUGAAUAAGAGUUAUAUAGAUAUACAUGAUACUAAUAUAAAUGAUAAUUUUUUUAUAAAUGAUGGUUUUAAUAAUAACAUGAGAGAAAAUAAUUAUGUAAAUAAUGUUUAUAAUAAUGAAGACAAUGCUAAUAAUAAUAUGAAUGGUAAUAAUAUGAGUGAACCUAACUCUGUUAAUCUUUCUAUGCAUGAUGUGAAAGAUGAUAAAUAUAAUAGUUCUAUUAAUUUAGAAGAUCAAAAAGGUAUUUCGAGCAACUGCCAUAAUGAUAUAAAGGCGAAUACAUAUGAAAAGAUUAAUCAUAAUAUGGAUGUGUAUGCACCUAAUACUAAUCAUAAAACGAAUCACGACAACAUGAAAAAUGGAUUUGAUCAACAUUGUUAUGUGAAUAAUGAUAACAUGGAAUAUAUAAAGGAUAAAAUGACAAAUAUGAAUAGUGUGAAUAGUGUGAAUAAUAUGAAUAGUGUGAAUAAUAUGAAUAGUGUGAAUAAUAUGAAUAGUAUGAAUAAUAUGAAUAAUAUGAAUAGUAUGAAUAACAUGAAUAACAUAAAUAGUGUGAAUAACAUGAAUAACAUGAAUAACAUAAAUAGUGUGAACAACUUGAAUAACAUGAAUAACAUGAAUAAAGUUAUAAAAAAUGUUGUAAAUGUAAAUAAUAUGAAUAGUAUUAAUAAUAUAAAUAAUUCCAAAAUGGUGAACAGUUUUAAUAACCUUAAUAAUAUGAAUAGUAUAAAUAGCUUUAUGAAGAAAAAUAAAAAUUUGGAAAAUGAUAUUUUUAAAAAUAUGAAUUCAAUGAAUAAUACAUUAAAAAAUAUAAACGCAAUACAUAAUAAUAUAACAUGUAAUAAAAAUGGAAACAAUUCUCAGAUUUUAAAAAAUAAUAAUAUUGUUCAUUCGUUUGCUCAUAAUCCUACAAAAUUAUUAAUUAAUAAACAAAACAUGACUUCUAAUAAGUGUAUGAAUAUAAAAAUGAAGAAUAUAAAUAAUAAUCAUCAUGUUGGUGAUUGUAAUAAUAGAGCAUUGAUGAAUAAAAAUGUAAUGGAUUUUGCACAUAUGAAGGAUAAUAAAAAUUUUCAAACAAUAAGUGCAAAUAAUAAUUUGGGCUAUAGGAAAAAUAUUACAUCCAAUGAAAGUAGUAACAUGAAUAAUAUGAAUAAUAUGAAUAAUAUGAAUAAUAUGAAUAACAUGAAUAACUUAAAUAACAUGAAUAACUUAAAUAACAUGAAUAACAUGAAUAACAUAAAUAAUAAUGUAAAGGUUAGUGACAGAUUUAAUGGCUUUCUAACAAAUAAUAAAAAACCAGUAAUGCCAAAUAUGUUAAAUAUUUUAAAUAAAGAAUAUGGAGAAAAAAAAUUAUUGAAUAAUGAUAACAUGGAAAAUAUGAUUAAUAAUAAUAAUAUCAAUGGAUUUAUAAAAAAUGAAUCAAGUGUAAAACAAGCCAUGAAUCAAACCAUUAACCAACCAAUGAAUCAUUCAUUGAACCAAUCAAUGAACCAAUCAAUGAACCAAUCAUUGAACCAAUCAUUGAAUCAAUCAUUUAACCAGGUAUUGAACCAAAUGGAAGAAAGACGAGGGAGCUUGUUGAAUAACCAACGUGAAAAUAAUGUAGACUUUUUAAAUAUGAAAAAAAACUCUCUUCAUAUAACCAUUCCAAAUAAUAAUAUAAAAAUGAAUGAAAAUGAUUAUAUGAAUAAGACUAACUUUAAUUUAGGUGUAGUUCAAAACAACAAAAGAAAUAAUUUCUUGAAUGAUAAUAUGACAAAUAUAAUGUUAAAUAAAAAUAUAAACAAUUUUUUAAAUAAUAGUCGAACCAAUAUACCAAACAACAUGAAUUCGUUCUUAUCAAAUGUUGGUGUGCCAACAAAUAUUUCAAAUAAUUUAAAUAUAAAAAAAAACGAACAUGCUUUUAAUAAUAUGAUGAAUAUUCAUGUGGAAAAUAAAAUAAAUAAUGUGAGGGAUUCUAUAAAUAUAUACGCUAAGGACAAUGUGAGUGAUAAUAUGUAUUCUAUUUCAAAUCAGAAUAUGAAUCAAGCGAACAAUAAUAUGAAUAAUAAUAACCUUAUGACAAAUAAAAUGAAAGUUAAUAAAGAUACUUAUACAUAUGCGCAUGGAAAAAAUGGAAUAACAAUUCCUUCUCAUAUGAUUUUAUCAAACCAAAAAAUGAAUGAAGAAAAGCGUCCAAAUAAAAUGGUAGAAACGAAUAGUUACAACAAUGUGAGUAAUAUGAAUAAUAUGAAUAAUAUGAAUAAUGUGAAUAAUGUGAAUAAUAUGAAUAAUGUGAAUAAUAUGAAUAAUGUGAAUAAUAUGAAUAAUAUGAAUAAUAUGAAUAAUAUAAAUAAUAUGAAUAAUAUAAAUCAUAUGAAUAAUAUAAAUCAUAUGAAUAAUAUGAAUAAUAUAAACCAUAUGAACAAUUUAAACCAUAUGAACAAUAACAAUAUUAAUAGUGUUAGUGCAUAUGCUAAGAAAUCACUUAAUUUAAAUAAUAAGAACGAUCUUAAUAAAAAUAUGCUGGAUGAAUCCUUCCAAGUAAAUAAAAAUACAUACAUUAAUGAUGGGAAUAAUAAUUAUUUAGAUAACAUAAGAAAUGUUCAUAAUAAUAACAUGAAAGAAAAUUAUUAUCACAACAAUUUGAACAUUGCUUUGAAUAAUAAGAACACAGCAAAUAAUAAUAUGAAUGAUAAUUGUAUGUAUAAUAAAAAUGAAAAACUACAUGAUAUAAAUAAUAACAAAAUGGAUAUUUUAAAAUGUCAUGUGGAUGAUCGAUUAACAAUGGCAGGUGAUACAAAGAAUAAUGGUGCUCAUCCUUAUAAAAAUAAUGUACUUAUGAAUCAAAGUAGAAAGACAAGAAAUUCAAAAAAUGAAGAGAUAUUAAAUUUUAUAGAAGAAAAUGGAAAUAUAGAUGAGAGGAUAAUAACAGAUAUACAUAUGGAUAAUAAAAUAAACGAUAGAAGAUAUAUAAAUAAAGAAAAUUUAAUAAUAAAAUGUGAAAAUAAUCGUGAUAUAAAUUAUAUUGAUAAGAAUCAAAAAAUUGAAAGUGGAAAAAUUAUUGAUAAUAUGAAUAACAGUAUUAAAAAUAAUAAUUCAUUUUAUCAAAAUAAUAUAAUUAUGCCAAACAAUUAUUUAUAUAAUAAUAAUAAUAUUAAUGAAAAUAAUAAUGUAGUAUUAAUGAAAGGAUCUUUAAAUUAUAAGGGUGUUAUAAAUAAUGAUAAAAAAAUGGAACAAGCCAAUAAAAAUUAUGUAGAAAAUAAUAAUGAUAUGUCUAAUAUAAAUUCGCCAAUUCUUAAUCAUAAUAUGCAAAGUAAUAUUAAUGUGCCUCUUAAAUAUAAUCAAGAGGUCAUUAUGAAUAAUGAACUUCACAACAGUAUGAAAAAUAUAAACAUGAAAAAUGUUAAUAAUAAUAAUAAUAUUAAGAAUAAUAAUCUUAUUUGUUAUAGAAAUAUGGACUGUCAUAAUUAUAUUAUAAACCAACACAGUAAUAGUAUCCCCGAAAAAUAUAGCAAAAGCAAACAAGCCAUUGACAAUAACAAUAUGAAGAAUAAAAAUAUUCCAAAUGUACUUGAGAAUAUUGGUGCAUGCAAUAAUAAUAUAGUAAAAGGAUAUUAUGUUAACAACAACAUGAAUGAUAAUAAACAAAAUUCAUAUGAUAUAGAACAUGGGAAUUACAAAUAUAUAUCGAAUAGUAGUGAUUUAACUAAGAAGAAAAAAAAAAAUCAUGAAAAUAUGUUUAGAAUGUCUAAAAGUCAAUUAUUAAGUUUAGAAAAUGAUAUAAAAUAUUUACAAUCCUUAACAUCAUAUAUUAUUAAACCGAAAGAUUUAUAUUUUGAAACAUUUGAAGAAGUCGAUGUAUUAUCAUAUGAUAAAAAUGAAGAGUAUAUAAAUAAUAUAAUUCAUAAUAAUAACAAUAUUAACAAUAAUAAUUUUUUGAACUCAGAUGGUAUUAUUAUGCAUAUUUUAAAUAAUGGAGCAUCGAAAGAUUAUGGAUUAAAUGGAUGUAAAAUUAAUAAUAAAGAUUUUUUGAAUGCAAAAAUGAAAAGAGAAAUAAGAAAAACGAAAUAUUAUACAAAUAAAUUUAGUAAUAAAUUAAAAUAUACUGUAAUUGAAGAAGGGUCAUUUGGUGUUGUAUAUAAAGGAUGGUAUAAAGGUAUGAAUGUAGCUGUAAAAGUACCAGUUGAUAAAAUGGCUAGACAAGAUCCAUAUGGAUUAACAAAAAGAUCUAUAAAUGAAUGGAAAAUUUUAGCAAAAUGUGAUCAUCCAAAUAUUAUUAAAUUAUGUGGUGGUAUAAUACAUAGUUAUUUUGAUAUUUGGCUAGUUACAAAAUUAGUAAAUGGUUUAGAUUUACAUACUAUUAAAAAUAAUAUGAAUAAAGAUGAAAAAGUUCUUGGUAUAGAUAUAUCAUUAAAAAUGUGUAGACAACUAGCUGAAGUUAUUAAUUUUUUACAUACACCUAUCAAAAAUAAAAAAAAUGUAAUCAUACAUAGAGAUAUUAAACCAGAAAAUCUAAUUAUUGAUAGUGAUUGGAAUAUACAUUUAUGUGAUUUUGGUGAUGCUGAAGAAUGUGAAGAUGGUAUUGUUACUAAUGUAUCAGGAGCAACCUGGAUUUAUGCUCCACCUGAAUUAUUAACUUGUCAUCCAUUAAAACAAAGUAGUGAUUAUAAUUUCUUAGAUCAUACUAAAUUAUCAUAUAAAUGGGAUAUUUGGUCUAUGGGAUGUGUAUUUCAAGAAAUGAUGAACCUACCAUCACCUUUUCAACAUUAUAUUAUUACAUUUGAUGAAUCGGAUCAAAUCUAUGAAAAACUAGUUGACGUAUUUACAAAAAAAUUACCACCUUGUAUUCAUUCCAAAAUUGAAAAUUCACCUUUUGCUGAUAUUAUUAGAUUAUGCUUAAAUUAUGAUCCUAACUUAAGACCAACAGCAUCAGAAAUUGUUCAGCUCUUGAACCAGCCAGAUGAAUAUUUACUUCUAAAGAGGAAAUAA